UAACAUUUACUCUCACUUUAAUCAACAAUCUCGGUGUUACAUCAAACAAGGAAAUUAUCGUUGGAUUAGCCGGAUAUCCUUCAUCUUCUUCACUCUUUUUUUGUGUGUGUACAUUUUCUUAUUAUUUUUAUCUUUCCCAUCAAAAGUAAUGCAACAAGUUGGACCAACUUUUUUUCAAAGAGACUUGUCAGUGAUUUACACCUUUUUAAGGCAACAACAGCAACACUUGAGUAGAAAUUUUUAUCCAUAACAGGAAGAUCCCAACAGUUUGAAGAGUUUUUUUCCAUUCAUCAUUAUAUUCUCACUGUAUAAACACCAAUAACAAUCAUGCAGUUACUCAUCACUCUUCAAAAUAUACUUUUUAUUUUUAUUGUUCUAGUGACGCAAGGAAAAAUCUCUGUAUCAGUAUCUACAUUAUCACCAUCAUCUUCAAUAGUUGAAACGAUUGAUAUUUCAUCCGAUUGGAAACAAGUGAGAAAUGAAUCUCGUCGUAUUGGUGUCUACAAUCUCUGUAAGGUCCACUUUAAUACUGGACGUGACCUUUGUAAUAAAACUGUUUUAGAAGGAGAAUUGACUUCUGAAUCUUCAGAUUUUUAUCCGGAAAACUGUCACUGUGAUGAUGAUUGUGUCCAAUUUAAUGAUUGUUGUAUCGAUAAAGUUGCUAGUUCUGCCUUCAAAUUAUCAAACUUUGAUCCCACAAGCCCUAGUCAGCCUUGGUCUUGUGUAGACUUGCCGAUCUCGUUACAUGGACUCUAUGCCUUUAAACAAUGUAAACCAUCAUUUCGUUCAAGUGAAAUUGAGCAUCUUUGCAUUUCAGAACCUAAAUCAUUUCUUCAAUGGCUACCGGCAUUUAGUUCCUCAUCGGGAAUAUUCUAUCGUAACUUAUUUUGUGCUUUUUGCAAUUUAGAUCAUGACAGUCUUCACAAUUGGAACUUGACAAUUACAUGUGAUCACAAUACAUCAAUGUUGGAUAUCACCCCUUACAUCAAUGAGAAACAUUUCAAUUAUUCAACUGGAUUAUGGGAGUUUAUCGCUCCUGAUCUCGGAAAUGAUCAAUAUGAUGGUUUAUUUAUCGAUAAUAAAUGGAGAUGUAAACCUUCACUCCCAGAAUUGGAACAAUAUGAUAGUAGAAGUAAAUUUGGCACUCGCUCAUGUCAACCUGUUAUCGAUUCAUGUUCAACUGAUUGGACUGAUCCAAUUGUAGCAAGCAAAUGUUCAGCUUAUACCUUUCUUGUAGGUCUACCUUCAACUAAAACAAUUUAUCGCAAUACUUUUUGUGCCCGUUGUAAUUAUGUCCCGCAGUCUAAUUUAAGACGUCUUGAUUGUGAUCUGAACAAAAUGGCUGGUCCAGCUCGUUCUCCAACAUCAUUUACUUAUGUUUCUCUUCGUCAGUUGUUUGAUGUUUCAGCAUAUUCAUCUUGUUCACUUACUCAAUAUCAAAUUUAUAAUCCAGCAAGUCAAAGUUGCAUGACGGUUCGUUGUGAUGUCAACUAUACAGUUAACCCUGAAACAGGACGCUGUGAAUCAAUAACACGAGAUAAGGAUGGAACCACUCUAAGAUCUGAUUGUUUACGCAUCUUUUUCGAAUCAUCUGAUUACACUUUAAACUCUGAUGGUUCUAUUUUAUUGAAGGAACGCUUAACGCAGCUGGAACAUGGAUUGUAUCAAAACUUUACUCAAAUAGAUUCCGUCACUGGAACUAAAAUUGAAGGAAUUUUAACCUGUUAUGAUGAACAUCGUCUUCAUUACUCAUCUCCGAUGUACUCUAAUUACAUACAGGGAAUACUAUCUAUAAUAACUUCAGCUCUGUCAAUUUUGGGGUUAACAGCAUACUUAACUGUGACUUGUUUAGUUCCUAAACUGCGUAAUCUUCGUGCUCGAAUGCUUAUGUGUUUAUCAGGAUCUUUACUAGCAGCCAAUGUGGCCUUAAUUUGUGGCUAUUUAGCUCGUCCAGCCUUGAAUGAAUCAGAUGACAAUAUUGUUCCUAAUACUCGGGGCUCUCUUUUCUGCGUGAUUACAGCAAUUAACAUUCAUUACUGGUACUUGGCAUCAUUUGCUUGGAUGAAUGUUAUGGCUUAUGAUGCAUGGAAGUCAUUUAAACGAACCCAUGAACGCCUUUCCAAUUCAAUGGUCCAUUUUCUUAAAUAUUCACUCUAUUCAUGGUUACUUCCAGCCUCAGUGGUUUUAAUUUCUGUUUCAUUUGACCUUUCCAAUAUACCUUUUGACUAUCGCCCCAUGUAUGGUCAUCGUAUAUGCUGGAUAAGCCAGCGUAAAUCAUUAUUAGCCUUUUUUGUGGCUCCUGUUGCGACAAUUAUUGUUAUUAAUGUUGUCUUUUUCAGUUUAACCACUUGGUUUUUAUAUCGAACCAAACAAUCAACUCGAAUAGUGGUCAAUUCAAAAAGUCAAGAAAAUUCUCAACGUUACUCGCUUUAUGUACGCCUAGCUACUCUCAUGGGCUUAACAUGGAUUUUCUGGUUUUUUGCAGCUUUCUCCGGAAUCAAUCUUCUCUGGUAUCUUUUCAUCAUACUCAAUGGUCUUCAAGGAGCUUUUAUUUUCUUUUAUUUCACUUGUAAGAAAGAGGUUUUUAAAGCUUUACAAGAACGAAUCGGUUUUCUUAUUCAUGGACACGAAGUGGUCUCUGGAAGUUCAUCAAGCCGAGCAACAAGAAGUGCUUCACUUUUACCUCAAUCAUCUUCAACUACCCUGCAAUAAUUACUCUUUAUUUUUGUUAAAAUCGCACUUCACAAUCUUUCAAUUUUCAUUGGUUGAAAACCUAUCAUCUUCAUAUCUUUAUCAAUAUUGUAUCUACUUAUUUUAGCGUGAACAAACCAUUGUUUGAAUUUUAUUUUGGCCCAUAUUGAUUUUGUAUUAAUCUCAAUUGGAUGCUAAUCUCGAAAAGACACUAAUAAACAAAUGAAUUUAAAAUUGAAA